AUGCCCGCCAUCCUCCCAUUAGGUCAUCGAUCUUUCGUUCAGGGAUGUAAGCCAGAUUACCAGGCCAUGUUUUGGACUCUGCUCACCGUUAGUCAAGGCCAAAUCGUUCGCGGGGAGCGGUCUGAACUUAUUGUCUCCAUGCCGUUGGUGACAAGCCUUGCUCCAAAGCUGCAAGACAUCAUUGACCAACUGAUCAAUGCAGACCAAAAUCGAAAUCCCCUGCCAUGUCGAACGACAUCAACACGAAACCGAGCAGAUCCGAUUCGAGCAUCGAGCCCAAUGCGGCAUGCAGAAAAUCAUUACGAAGCGCUCGUAAGUUGGAAUGCCUGGAUGCCUAAAGUUGUACGACCAAUGACCUGGCCCCACGCAAGCUUCGGGAGGUCUUCGAGGUCGCUGCUUCGUGAACUGGAAGCACAACAGUGCCUCGUAUAUCAUGCUACUUAUUCAUCAAUAAGUCGAGCACAGCGCAUCCCUUCGUUGUUCAAAGUAUCUUUUGAGACCCAGUUUCCAGGUUUUGAGGCUUGCAACGUCUGCGGGAAGGCAGUGAACAGACCAGAAAUCUGUACUCCCCAGGCGCCACAAAACUCUAGAAUUGGGGACGAAAAUUGUAUGUAUCACGCAGGCUUUCAGACGGCAUGUUGUUUUGACUUGCAGCGCAGCACCUCACCUCACCUCUUCACCUGA